AUGGUCCUCUCGCAGCUCACUCAGCCGAUAAUCGUGAUUGGAGGCGGGACUUUCGGUACAAGUACCGCGUACCAUCUCUCGAUAAAGGGCUACACCAAGGUUACUGUUCUCGAUCGCUUUCCCAUCCCCUCCUCUGAGGCCGCCGGCAACGACAUCAACAAAGUCGUCCGCACCGAAUACCCUGAGCCCCUGUGCACCAAGUUAGCCAGCGAUGCUAGAGACAUCUGGCGCGGUCCAAACGGCCUAUUUGCGGCACUAUACCAUCCCAGCGGUUGGAUUAUUGGGGCGACGGACCGCUCGACGCCCUCGUGUCUUACGGAAGAAAUCCAUGAAAAAUGGCCAAUCAUGAGCGGAGACUUGGAAGGCUGGAAAUCGUUCUGGUCUCCGAACGCUGCUUGGGUGAAUGCACGCGAGGGAAUUGUUAGAAUGGCUCAGAAGGCUAUAGAUGCCGGAGUGAGCUUAUUUGGCAGUAAGAUUAUCCUGGCUGCUGGUGCCGCCACCGGGAGUUCGUUGGACCUGGAGAAUCAGAUUGUGGCGAAGGGUCAUGUGGUGGGCCAUAUUCAACUUACGCCAGAUGAGGUCGAUGAGUUUAUCGACAUGCCUAUUCUUGAUCAUAUGAAGGAGGCACGUCACUGCGGCGGUUUGAAGCUCGGCUUCGAAUGGAUUGAGACUCGAAUUUGCUGGGACGGGGACAUGGCCGACUACCACUUCCUGAUCACACCCCAUCUGCGGCACAAGAAUCUCGACAUCGCAAUAGGCGGCUCCGCGCAUGGAUUCAAGUUCCUCCCCGUUAUCGGAAAGUACCUUGUAGAGAUGUUAGAGGGGACGCUGGACCCGGAAAUCGCGAAGAAGUGGAGAUGGUGGCCUGGCCUUGAGCUUUCGGACUACACUACGAAUCCUCAUCCGGAAAAACCAGAGGAUUUGAAUGAUACUGUAUGCUUGGGUGGGGCGAGUUAA